AUGCACACCCUAAAGCUUUUCAAGAGUAAGGUGUGCCCCUACUGCCAGCGCGUGGCAAUCGCUGCGAUGGAGAAAAAAGUCAAGCUGGAGGAAGUGGAGGUUCCUCACGGUGAGGACAUGCCGCAGUGGUACAAGGAGUUGAACCCACGGGAGACGGUCCCAACGCUGCAGUUGGAUGGAAAAAGAUGCGUGUUUGAGUCCGAUCUCAUUGCACAGUACAUUGACGGCAUUUCCUCUCCCGCACGGUCGCUUAUGGGGUCCACUACCUACCAACGGCACCGCGUGGAGUUCUUCCUGAGCCAGGUCGGUGAUCUUAUCAGGGCGUAUUUCACUCUCCUGAGAGACCCCUUCAAUGCGGAGAAGCGAAAGUCAGUGGAUGAAAAUACCAAGUAUAUUGAAGGCAUCUUUUCGGAGAACCAGGGAAAGGGGCCAUAUUUCCUUGAUGAAGCUAUUUCCAUGGCGGAUAUUAUCUUGAUUCCAUUCCUCGUCUGCUUCAAACCGGUGCUAAGUUACUUUUCUGGCUACGACAUCUUUCAAAAGGCUCCACGUAUAAAGGAAAUGUAUGUGGCGGCUUUGCAACGACCAUCUGUGAAGGAGACAAGCCCAAAACCGGAAGAGAUAAUUACUUACUUUAAGAGUAAGGUUCCAAAAUCGCACGUCACUUAUGAAUUGGCCCCAGGUUAUGUAUUGUUUUCUAAUAAAAUUUGUCCCUUUGCGGACCGCGCCCGUUUGGCAUGUGCCCUAAAGAAUGUUGAGUUGCCUACUUUUGAAGUUGAUUUGAAGGAUAUGCCCCCAUGGUACCCAUGGAUUAACUACCGUGAAACUGUGCCAACGCUGCUUACACCGCAGGGCACCUACGUUCAUGAGUCUCAACUUGUUGUCCAUUAUAUUGAUGAAGAGUUCGCACAUUAUGAGCCCACACUUCUUCCCAAGGAUGCUGAAGAAGCAUACUUUGUCAGGUACGUGGAAUCUAAUGUGGGCUACUUCGUUGGCGCAAUGUUUUCUCUCUUGCGGGAUCCAAAGGACAAGGAGGCGAAAGAAGAGCUUGAAUGGGCGGCUGGGGAGCUCGAAAAAUCGCUGGCGGAGCAUCGUUUUGGGUUGGGUCCCUUCUUUGGUGGGGCCACCAUGAACGCUGCCGACGUCUCCCUUCUGCCCAUGCUGGUGCGUGUGAAGGCCUGCACGCCGGCUAUGACAGACGGCUAUGACUUGUUCGCAAAGUUCCAACUCUUGUCUAUCAACUUGGAGGCGGGUCUGAAGACGAUCGCCGGCAAGCAGGUCUUUUUGCCGCUCCCGGAAUACUUGAAGGCAUUCCAGGCUAAGUUUGCCCGUUCUUCGUGA